CCGUACACCCUUCGCAUUACUUUUGCCACUGGGAUUUAGCAAAGACCUUGCAAAGGGGAUUUCCAAACAGUCAUUCGGCAAAUAUAAAAUAAUGCAAAUUGCUUGCUUGCUGAAAUAAUGAAAAUUUAAAAAUAAUGCAAAACUGCCUAGCAUUCGGGGAAUUUUUAUGUAAGUUUCAAACAAUAUGGGACCUACUAAAGCAUGUCAUUUGGAAAUGCUUAGAAUUGGGAUGCUGAAGUUCAGUUGUAGGAAACUUUUGGUUUGUUUUUCUCAAGAAUCUCAACAAGCUUCGUAUUGAGAGAGAGUUUGGCCAGCGGUUUUUUCAACGUUCCCGCCUCACGAAUUCAAAAUCUGUAAACAAGAUGGAGGCUAUACCGAUCACAAACUGUUCUUCGACUUUACCCUCUCUAUCUCGAGGAGUAAUCCCAUCUAAAAGACUUUGCAGAAAUCUGUUUGGACCUGUGGAUCACGAAGAAGUGAAAAGUGUUCUCGACCAGGAACUCAUCGAAGAACAACAGCAGAAAUGCGAAGAAUGGUGUUUCGAUUUUUCUGAGGGCACUCCUAUACUCAAUGGUAGACUUGUAUGGGAAGAGAUCGCCGAAAGAAAAGAGUAUGUUCUAUCACCAGAACCUCAAAAGCCUGUCAGCGAGGAAAGAAGAGUUCCGAAUCUACACGAGGAGCAAGAAAGCAAAGACAAAGAUGUUUUCGAUAAACCUCAAAAAGCUGUCGUACGACCAUCUACGACGAAGUCUCCUGAAAUCGUAAAAAUCACCCCAGCUGUUACAAACGAAACUGAAGCAAAUAAACUGAAAGUCCCUUCAAACCCUGAUCGUAAAAGAAAGAAGCAAUACAAAACUAUAACUGAUUUCAUGAAACAGAAAAAGCGUCGUCGAGUGAGCUAUUCAAACGAAACUGAAAAGACUGGUCAUUCCAAGAUGGCGGAUUCAUCUCGGGGCGUCCAAGAUGACCUCGCUCUAGGAUCCCCAGCCAAGAAGGUCCGUGUCUGGAAUGGGACUGGCAAGACGACUUCAUAAACCCAACAUUUAUUCACAUUGAUUAUAACAUGUUUGGAGUGCGUUUAAAGAAGAAUUCUUUCAAUUAUGAAAGAAACGAAUUUUAUUUGAUAUUCCUUCAAAGUAUACGGAGAGACAAAUAUUUUCUUAAAGGAAAUCUAGAUUUAUGUAGGAAACGUGUAUUUAAAGAAGACGUAGGCUCGUUUUAAAGUGCCUAUAUUUGGUGAUUUUAACGUCGGGUUUCUAAAAUAACAUCCGAAAUAAUUCACAGUGAUGGUAGGCUGGGUUUUAAGGUAUUAUGACAUAGGCUGAAUUUUAGACAAAUCACGUUAACUAAAUUAUUGAAAAUCUUGACUUUAUGAAGAUUUUAGGAAAAAUACCCCUCUACCCUGCUGUACCGCACGGUGCGAGCUAUAAAGAGUGCUUGUGUUCUUCGGUUUGUACGUUCUGUUUGCUGUUGUAAAUUUCUCGUGUUUGGGUCCACGCAUAAUGCAAACCACAGACGAAAAGACUAUUUACUUUGCUUGGAAAAUGCUACGAAAGAGCGGUCAUUCAUGUACGUUUAUUUCUCCAUUGUCGGAUUUUAACACAAAACAGACCUUAAAAAUUUCUUUGAAUCUUUGUUCAAAGACAUUUUUGAAUUCUUUACCGCCAUAAAGAUUGUUUGAAAAGCAGAUCUGUAAAGACAAAUAUGUUCGGCUGUAGUUAAAAACUAAGAAAACAUAUGGAAACUGAUAUCUAUUUAAAAGUUACCAUUUUUCCCGUUCUCAAUGUGUUUCUAGAGCCAAGCACACCUAUUAUUCUAGACUCUUAUGUAUAGCAAAGUGGUAUAUACUCUUACUGUGUAACUUAAGUUCGCAAAAAUGUUGUAUAUAGAAUAACACCGAGUGUUUUGCAAAGAAAAGAAGAAUUUUGUAUAGUAUAUGUGGAAGAAUUUCGUACAUAAGCAGAA